AUGCUCAAGCACUAUACUCACUAUACUACAGAUUACUGUGAGCUAAAAAAUGAUUAUAUUCCAGAACUUGAAAAAAUAGAAGUUAUGUUAAGUAAUCCAUGUCAAGAAUUAUUGGAAUAUCAAACACCAUUUCGAAAUACUAGAUUUAUGGCAAAACAUUGA